UUAAAAGCGUUGUGGAACUCUCGGGGCUGUUGCCAUGACUGCAGCGGUGUAGCGUUCCCCUGCAGCCGCUACAUCAAACUCCACUGCGCGCAAACUGAUUGAUUCACUACCAGUUGCUUUAAACUACAUUCUGCGUCUCAAUGAACCUGGAUGCUUUUGAACAAUCAUUUACGGACAUGUUUGCAUACCUAUGUUUAUAAGAUGACACUCAACACACAGAAAGAGGGAAAGGAACCACUGAGGAGAAGAGCGAGUACUCCCAUCCCCUCCUCUCGUCAAGCGGGCAAGGGAGAAAGAGGCCCCUCCGCUGACCCCUAUCACCCUCCGCUCGCCCAGUCAGCCUCCUACCACCCUGGAGACAAGAGCAUCCACUCGCGGGCCAACUGGUCUUCUGACUCCGAAUCGGACAGCUCUGGAGCUGAGUGUCUUUAUCGCGUUGUUUUGUUGGGGGAUCACGGCGUGGGGAAGUCAAGCCUUGCCAACAUUUUUGCUGGAAUACAAGAGAAGGAUGCCCACAAACACAUUGGAGAGGAUACAUAUGAGAGAACCCUUAUUGUUGAUGAGGAGGAGACGACCCUAGUUGUGAUGGACACAUGGGAAACAGAAAAACAGGAGGAAGAUGAGAAGUGGGUGCAAGAUUACUGCAUGCAGGUGGGCAAUGCUUACGUCAUUGUUUACUCCAUCACCGACCGCAGCAGCUUUGAGAGCGCAUCAGAGUUACGAAUCCAGCUGCGUCGCAUCCGGCAGGCGGAAAACAUUCCCAUCAUCCUUGUGGGCAACAAAAGUGACUUAGUGCGCUCUCGAGAAGUGGCAGUGGAAGAGGGUCGGGCUUGUGCGGUGGUAUUUGACUGCAAGUUCAUAGAAACCUCCGCCUCUCUCCACCACAACGUUCACGAGCUCUUUGAGGGCAUUGUGAGGCAGAUCCGACUGCGGCGAGACAGCAAAGAGAUCAAUGAGCAUCGACGCUCCAUCUACAAGCGAAAAGAGAGCAUCAGCAAGAAAGCCAGACGCUUCUUAGAUCGACUUGUGGCCAAGAACAACAAGAAGAUGGCCCUGAAAGUGCGCUCCAAGUCCUGUCAUGACCUUGCAGUGCUGUGAACCCACAGAUCCCUCUCAGUCCUUGAACUCUGGGUUCUCCUUUGUUUUCUGUUUAAGGCAAAAGAGGAUUUGUCUUUCUGAUGAGACUUCUUUUAAAUUUGAAAAUCAAUUCACAUUUUUUGUUUGUUUGUGUUGUUUAUUUAUUCAUUUAUGUCUGAAUCUAGCAUUAGCAACCUUUUUACCGAAUCUUUACUGAUUUUACAGGUUUUGCUCAUUGUUCUAUGUCCUAUAGAUCCGUUUUUUAUAGUUAUUUGAUUUAAACCAAAGGUUUAUUCCUGUAUAUCACCAAUUAAGUGGACUUUGUUUUUAUCUUAUGAACAUUUUAUCAGUGUUUGCCUUAUCAGACUGAAUAGACAAUAGUUAAAAUUAACAAGCAGUAUUUAUUAUUCAUUGUUGUUUAUAUGUUUUCCUUAAAUUAUCCUUAUUGUUUUUUUCUAACAAAGGAAGUAUUUUGUAUACACUGAAAGACAUUUGCUGUAUGAGAAAAGAACAGCCCAUUGGAAAAGUCAAUGGAGAGACAGCAGAGACCAAUGUUAUUUUUUACUUAUUCUGUUUAUGCAAAUAUUAUAAUAUAAUAUUAUGGACAUGUCAAUCAUCAUUUAUAAAGGGCAUGUGAAUAUCCUUCAUAAGCCUGUUCCAGUUUAUUUGAAAGACAUAACUGGUCAGUAAACAUUAUAAAUGUGUCAGCUAUUUUUGCAGGAAUAAUAACAAAAAUAAUGUUUAUAGGCUAUUUCUCUCAAUGUGUUUUGUCUAUUUUUUUGGCACUGGACAUAGAGGAAAAUAUUGUUUUGUACAACUUAAUGUUGUUGGUUUGUAAAUAUUUAUUUCCAAAAUUUGUAUAAUAAAUGGCUUUGAAAUAUGUAAAUACAAUUAUGCUAACCUUCCUAA